AUGGGCCCACUUAAUAGCAAAGACAUUAAGAACAAGCUAAAGUCAUUAGCUAAUUCUGCCACAGGGAAGGAUCGAGUUGAGUAUCGCCAUUUAAAAUUAGUAGACCCCGACUGCAAAAUACUAAGUAUCAUCUACAACAAAUGCCUUGCCGAGAAAAAAAUUCCAUCGUCCUGGAAAGAGUCUGCAACCAUCAUGAUCUACAAAAAAGGCAGUAGCGAUGAUCCCAGUAACUUUAGACCGAUUGCCUUCACGUCGUGUUUAUGUAAGUUAUUCACAUCACUAUUAGCUCUACGUGUCACAAACUUUUCAAUCCAGAACAAUCUGAUGUCUCCCCAACAGAAAAGUGCAAGACCGGCUGAAGGGUGCCAUGGGCAUACAUUUACCUUGCAAUCGAUAGUAGCCGAUUGUAAACAAAAUCAAAAGAACUGUUUCUUCAUUUGGCUAGACCUGAGAAAUGCUUUUGGUAGUAUCAACCAUGAGGCCAUUUAUCUUACCCUAAACACAUGGGCUUCUCGGAAUCACUGAUCGAAUUAAUCAAAGAUAUUUACACAGACGUUUCCACCGUAGUCCGCACCUCUCGUGUUGAGAAACUGAGCCAAUCAAAGUCACUGCUGGCGUUAAACAAGGUUGCCCAAUUAGCCCUGUCCUGUUCAACCUUACUUCUGAGCUAUUAAUCCGUACAGCUCUGUCUCGUUCUCAAGAUAACCCUUCCAUCCCUUUCAAGUUACACAACCAGCCUAUUUCUAUCUUGGCUUAUGCGGAUGAUCUUGUGUUAAUAAGCAGAACGAGAGAAGGUUUGCAGGUAUUACUUGAUGACAUCUCUCUAGCAGCCGACGUUCUCAAUCUGUCCUUCAGGCAAGACAAAUGUUCCACGUUAUCUCUUACAUGUUUCAAGAAAGAUCUUUCGAGGGUGUCAGAAUAUGAGUUCAUUGUCCAACACAAUCCAAUUCCAUUUCUCAAGAGAGAAGAAUCAUAUCGGUAUUUGGGUGUCCCCAUUGGUUUGCUGUACGAUGCCAAAGAUAUACAAUCCAUUACUGCCAAACUCAUAUCUGACCUCGACAAAAUUAGAGACUCGCUACUGGCUCCAUGGCAGAGAUUAGAUGCGAUAAGAACCUUCGUUCAGCCCGGUUUGACGUACGCCUUAAUAUCCUGCCCAGUCACCCAUGAAGCACUCAAAGAGUAUAGAUCAAAGCUAAUUGAAGUUCUGAAAUCAAUAUAUCACCUUCCGAAACAUGCCUCAGCUUCUUACUUCUUCGCUGACAAAUCUGACGGUGGUCUAGGUUUUCUAGAUCGGUUUGACAAACGCCAUGUCCAAACUAUUGUCCAUACUGUUAAGAUUCUCUCUGCUAAAGACCCACUUAUCCAUAACAUCUCCAGAGCCCAACUCAGAUCUGUUGUUUACUGUUGCAUCAAUGUGGAGCCAUACAACAAUGAUUGA